UGUGCCUCUCGAAACAGAACUGACCACCACCACACCACCCCACAUAUGACAUAUCCCAUGCAAUGGAAAACAUUUUAUCACCAUAGACUCCACGAUAUUUUACUCGAAGGACGGGAUGUUGUAUUUUAUAGGAUUAGGACUAGGUGAUGCAAAAGACAUCAGUGUCAAAGGAGUUGAAGUUGUUAGGAAUGCAAAGGAAGUUUAUCUUGAGGCCUACACCUCUAUUUUAACAGUUGGAAAAGAUGUUUUGGAGAGGUUUUAUGGCCGAGAAGUUAUACUGGCAGAUCGUGAAACUGUUGAGCAGAACUCAGAUUCUAUUUUAAUGAAUGCAAAAGAUUUUGAUGUUGCUUUCCUUGUUGUUGGAGAUCCAUUUGGAGCCACAACUCACACUGAUUUAGUAUUAAGAGCAAGAAAAGAAGGAAUUGCAUACAAAGUUAUUCAUAAUGCUUCUAUAAUGAAUGCAGUUGCAUGUUGUGGACUACAGCUUUACAACUUUGGUGAGACAGUCUCUAUUGUAUUUUGGGAUGAUACCUGGAAACCCGACAGCUUUUACGAUAAGAUUGCUUUAAAUCGAAAAAACGGACUUCAUACCUUAUGCCUUCUGGAUAUUAAAAUAAAGGAACAAUCAAUUGAAAACAUGAUGAGAGGGAAUAAAGUAUUCGAACCACCCAGGUAUAUGACAGCAAAGCAAGCUGCUGAUCAGCUUCUAGAAAUUCUUAAAAACCGUGACUUCCAGGAACAGCCAUGUUACGAUGAAAAUACAUUAUGUGUUGGUUUGUCACGAGUGGGAUGCGAUGAUCAAAAUAUCGUGUGCACAACAUUGAGGAAAAUGAAAGACACUGAUAUUGGAUCACCUCUACACUCCCUUGUCAUUCCAGGAAAGAUGCACUUUUUAGAAAUUGAAAUGCUUAAACUAUUUACGGACAACAACGAUGAGGAAAUUUUAGCAAAACUGGAAGAAAUGCAAAAAGAUACGAAGCAAUAAUUAUCUUCUCUGUCUGUUCCUCGCAGAAACAGAAAUAAUUAUAUACGAAUGACAGUACAGACUACUGUGUAGAACAGACUUUUCAUUUUAAAACAUGAUGCUAAUUCAAGUCGAAGAUGAUAGAAGUAAAGAAUAACCUGAGGAU